CUUCACGCUUUCCGGAGCUAGCGGUUCGUUCGCAGCUCUGAGGAUCAGCUCGCCGGGAGGAAGGAAACGUGCUUUGGGUUCAUCUUCCAGGCUACUCCGGUGUUACAAGCAGCCUUUCCUGCUAGAAUAUCGUUUUUUAAAAAGAGAUUUUGUUUUUUUUCGCGGCUGCAAAAACAGCAACUAAAAACAACAACAAACGCAUAUCUGGAGGCUGCUGCAGCGGAGUUCCCAGGAAGAAAACAGCUAACUACUAGUUAGCAGCUAGUUAGCCACUGAGCCCAGUUAGCCCUCCAGCUAGCCAGCCUCUUUUUUUCUUGUUUUCCUUAUUGCCACAGUAAGUCCCACCCUCACCAAGUCCGUGAACGUUGAGAGGCUUUUUUCCUUCGUCUCUUUCAGUUUUUAGCCAGCAUCCCGGUGCCUGGCGUAGUAAAUAAAUUAGCAUCUCCGGUUAAAAAAAAAACUGGUUAGCUGGUGACGCUAAAAAAACAAAAAACUGUUAGCUCGACAAGUGUGUUCUGUGUGGAGGGAUCCGGGGCUACACUGGCAACGAGAGGGGCUAAAAAGAAGAGGAGAAAUAAGAGCGGACAGAGAGGACACCGGGAAGGAGGGACUGGCUGCUUUAGCCGGGGACAGAACCACAUAAACCAGAAAUCGCUGCCACCGAGCUGCUUGCAGCCAUGAGCAUUGAGAUCCCAGUGGGGUUGACGGAGCUGCUGCAGGGCUACACCGUGGAGGUACUGCGACAGCGACCGUCGGACCUGGUGGAUUUUGCAGUUCAAUACUUCACCCGCCUGAGAGACACCAGGAGUCAGGAUGGGUCCGGCUCGGGAGGCAAGACGGGGAAAGGAGUGAUGUUUGAUGGGGAGCCGAUGCAGACAGAGUCCAACGGCGACGACGACGAGGAUGACGACUCCGACUUUGAGCCUCCUCCACCCAGCAGAUUCAACAGGAGAGUGUCAGUGUGUGCAGAGGCGUUCAACCCAGACGAGGAUGACGAGGACACCGAGCCCAGAGUGGUCCACCCAAAAACAGACGAACAGCGCUGCAGACUGCAGGAGGCCUGCCGAGACAUCCUCCUGUUUAAAACACUAGACCAGGAGCAGUUCUCACAGGUGCUGGACGCCAUGUUCGAGUUGAGGGUUCAGCCUCAGGAGCACGUCAUUGACCAGGGAGACGACGGAGACAACUUCUACGUCAUAGAGAGGGGUGUGUACGACAUCGUGGUAACAGGAACAUGCGUGGGGCAGUACAACAAUAAGGGCAGCUUCGGGGAGCUGGCGCUGAUGUACAACACGCCACGCGCUGCCACCAUCGUAGCCACCCAGGAGGGGGCGCUAUGGGGCCUGGACCGCGCUACGUUUCGUAGGCUCAUUGUAAAGAACAACGCCAAGAAGAGGAGGAUGUAUGAGUGUUUCAUUGAGUCUGUGCCGUUACUCAAAUCCCUGGAGGCAACAGAGAGGAUGAAGAUCGUGGAUGUUUUAGGAGCCAAGCAGUUCUCAGAUGGAGAGCGCAUCAUCACACAGGGGGACAAGGCCGACUGCUUCUACAUCGUAGAAUCUGGAGAUGUCAAGAUCAUGAUGAAGAGUAAAACGAAGGCGGACCAUGCAGACAAUGCGGAGGUGGAGAUAACGCGCUGUAGCAGGGGGCAGUACUUUGGGGAGCUGGCUCUGGUCACCAACAAACCCCGGGCUGCCUCGGCCUACGCAGUGGGAGACGUCAAGUGUUUGGUAAUAGACGUCCAGGCGUUCGAGCGUCUCCUGGGUUCCUGUAAGGAGAUCAUGAAGAGGAACAUCGCCCACUAUGAGGAGCAGCUGGUGGCUCUGUUCGGCUCCAGCAUGGACCUGAGAGACUGAACCUCCACCACCACCUCCGUGCCUUCUAUCACACACACACCUACCCACACACACACACACACACACACACACACACACACACACACACACACGUUCUUCUCCCAUCAUGCAGUAGUGAUACAUACUCAGCAGCUUUACACACACGCAUGAAGAAGUGUUCUUGGCUCACCUGCAGAAACAUACACACACACAGAAACAAACACACACAGAAACACACACAGCUGUGUAGGCACUGAGAGACGUUCACUCCCCUUAAUUUGAUCACCACUUCCCCUCGUGCACAUCCUAUCUGAACACUCCUCCAUCAGCUGAUUGGUCGAUGACUAGCGGCUGAUUGGUCGGUGACUGACGGCUGAUUGGUCGAUGACUGACGGCUGAUUGGUCGGUGACUGACGGCUGAUUGGUCGGUGACUGACGGCUGAUUGGUCGGUGACUGACGGCUGAUUGGUCGGUGACUGACGGCUGAUUGGUCGGUGACUGACGGCUGAUUGGUCGAUGACUGACGGCUGAUUGGUCGGUGACUGACGGCUGAUUGGUCGGUGACUGACGGCUGAUUGGUCGGUGACUGACGGCUGAUUGGUCGGUGACUGACGGCUGAUUGGUCGGUGACUGACGGCUGAUUGGUCGGUGACUGACGGCUGAUUGGUCGGUGACUGACGGCUGAUUGGUCGGUGACUGACAGCCUCGUCUGCAGCUGAACGUCUCACUGACCUCAGAACAGGUGAAGCAGAAUCAGGUCAUUAAGUUUACACACUCCAAACUCGUUUUUAAAAGAACUCACGCUUCAUCUGUGCAGGCUUUACAUUCACAUGAACACAAGCCUCAGCCAAGGACACAUCGCCCUGCACACACACACACACACACACACACACACACACACACACACACACACACACACACAUAAAACACACGCACAGAUACUCAGAAACAGACAAAAACACACAUCGUGGUAAGAAUGGAGACGACAAACUUUGAAAAUCUCUGAAAGGAAACCAAUCAAAAAUGCAAAAACAAGAAAAAAAAGAAUAAAGUUUAAAGAAGACAGAUAAGUUUUAUGAAGAUAAGAAACAGAAGCUUUGAUAAAAUAUUAUUUAAAUAAAAAACAAGUGUUUCCUGGUGGGAGGCUCCGUUUCUUCCUCUGCUGUUGUUGAGUUAGUGCUGGUGAUUAUUACCAGCGGAGGUAAAACCAGAACAACCCGCCGUUUGUGGGCCGUUGUUCUGUCGUCCACGCCACACGUCAUCGUAUUGAAUUAAUUAUUAAUGUAUUGUUAUUAUAUAUUGAGUUAUUAUUUUUUUGUUUUACCUUGACCAAUUCUGAUAAAAUUCACCAUCCAUCUCUGACAAAAUGUAAAAAAGAGAAAAAAAAAUCCAAUAAAACAUAUUAGUGCUUAUUUCUCCUUGAUUAUCCUUGAAUGAGUUGUCCUGGAUAAACAAAAAAAAACUGAAAAAAUAAAGCAAACAUUUUGUUAAAAAA